AUGGGUAACGUUAAGUCAAAACCGAGCUGGAAUCCUCCUAUAGAUGGUUACGCGAAAUUAGCCCAGGAAACAUAUCCUCAGGACGAUCCCGAAACUGCACUCCGGAAGUAUGUCGUUGAGAAUUGGAUAUAUAGAGUAAAGUUCACACAUAGCGCUCGUUAUUUUAUCACCCAUGAUUAUCACAAUUUCCGACCCAAAGAUGGUUGCAUGUCCAAAUUUGAGGUGAUCAUGGACGCCCAGCGUCAAUUGUUCUUGAAUAAACCCCAAAGUUCACUUUGUCUACAAGAGAUUGACAGAACUACUGCAGCCAUGAAAUCUGCUCGCAGAGUACACAAAAACCAGAGCGAAGAUCAAUGGAAUGUACCACGAGAUCAUAAAACAUACUUCUCAAAGUUCCCGCGAGAGAUUCAUGUCAAUAUUUUCAGACACGCCCUACUCCCUUUUGCCAGCUGCUUGAUUUGCCCAAAACUUGUGACUUCAAAUUGGAAGAAUAAUUACUCGGAGACACAUCACACUAGCUGUGCCACUAUUCCUGGACAGGGACUAGUCUAUGACGGAGAUAGUUCCCGAUGUGAAAUGCCAUGGUAUCUCGCAUACUUCGAUAAUUCACUCGUAUCGUUUAUGCGAAGAACACUCCAUGAUAAGCAGGGACCAUACAUUGAGCUUCGUAGGAUUCUCCGUCCCCAAGUCGACGCAACGCUUCUUCACACUUGUCAAACUUUCUAUGAGAUUGGCUCUAGAUUGCUGUACGGUAUGAACAUCCUUACGUUUUAUAUGGCAUCUGAUACCACUUUUAAUAAUCCUCCUUCAUGGAUUGGAGGAAAUUCAUACAGACCCGAUCCAAGCAAAAUUGGUAUAACUAAAGAAUCAACUCCCAAAGCGAUUCAGCAGCUCCGGGACAAAGCAAUUAUCACUGCAAUUCCGGGCUGGUGUUAUUAUGACCCCUUUAUUCGUUUCCUCUAUCAUAUCCGACCUCGAAACAGCGCUUCGUUUGAUAGGUAUGAAGGUCAUGAUGGUAUCAGAAGCGAUAAGUCUCAAAAAGAAUUUGACCGGAUUUUUAAAGAGUUUCUUGAGAAUGAGAUUAGAGAACUCAAGACCGUUCGGGUUUUGACGUUAGUUGCUGCGACAGGGGGACGUAAGCAGGUGAAUAUGCAUAUUGCUAAAGAAACUUUACUGUGGUCUCACGAUCGAGCGGCUGCUUGGGCUAGAGAAUAG